AUGUUAAGAAAUACUACUGGGUCUAUCGGAGGGUUGGCAGCCAAAAAGGCAGCUUCUUCAGUCAGAUCUGUUGGAAAGAAAGUAUUAACCAGCAAUGCUAGUAAGUUAGCAGCCACAACUGCUGCUCGUUGUAACUCUACCAAGGCCAACAAUACCUCUUCUGCCAGUAUUUCCAGUGCUAGUGCCAGAUCCUACUCUACCAGAUCCACCGUUGUCCAAUUGCUUAACAACAUUGGGUCUAAGAGAGAAGUUGAACAGUACCUUAAGUACUUCACUUCUGUGUCGUCCCAACAGUUCGCCGUGAUCAAGGUUGGUGGUGCUAUCAUUACACAGCAGUUGCCUGAAUUGGCUUCUUGUUUAGCAUUCCUCUACCAUGUUGGUUUGUACCCUAUUGUUCUCCACGGUACCGGACCUCAAAUCAACGAACUUUUGGAAAACGAAGGUGUUGAGCCUGAGUAUAUUGAUGGGAUCAGAAUCACUGAUGCUAAGACCAUGGAAGUGGUUAGAAAAUGUUUCCUUGAACAAAACCUUAGAUUGGUCACUGCUUUGGAGAAGAUGGGUGUUCAUGCUAGACCAAUAACUGCUGGUGUAUUCGGUGCUGAAUACUUGGACAAAGACAAGUACCAGUUGGUUGGAAAAGUGAACUCUGUUAACAAGGCUCCAAUCGAAGCUUCCAUUGAAGCUGGAUACUUGCCAAUCUUGACUUCUUUGGCUGAGACUCCAUCUGGUCAGUUAUUGAAUGUCAAUGCGGAUGUCGCUGCUGGUGAAUUAGCCAGAGAAUUCGAACCAUUAAAGAUCGUCUACUUGAAUGAGAAGGGUGGAAUUAUUAACGGUAACACCGGUGAAAAGGUCAGUGUUAUCAACUUAGAUGAAGAAUACGAAGAUUUAUUAAAGGAGAGCUGGGUUAAGUAUGGUACCAAGUUGAAGAUCAAGGAAAUUCACGAUUUGUUACAACAUUUACCAAGAUCCUCUUCAGUUGCCAUCAUUGAUGUUGACGACUUACAAAAGGAAUUAUUCACUGAUUCUGGUGCUGGUACCUUAAUCAGAAGGGGUUACAAGUUAAUAAACCGUAAUUCUUUGAAGGAGUUCGGUAACCCAGACUUAUUAAGACUGGCUUUAUUGAGAGACCCAGAAAUCAAGAGUGGUAAACUCUCUGCUGCUUCAUACUUGAAGACUUUGGAAAAGAUCCCCUUCAAGAGUUAUGGUGAUGAACCAUUGGAAGUUUUAGCCAUCGUGAUUAACGAUGAAGCUAAUAACCAAUUACCUAAAUUGGAUAAGUUCUUAUCAUCUAGGACCGGUUGGCUCAAUAAUGUCACCGACAACAUUUUCAGUUCAAUCAAGAAAGAUUUCAAAGAAUUGUAUUGGAUUGUCAAUGAAAACGAUUCUAACUUAUCAUGGUAUUUCUCCAAGGCUGAUGGAUCCUUCGCUAAGAAUGGUGAAAUUCUUUUCUGGUACGGAUUGAAAACUAACCAAGUUUCUGAAUUGAUUAAGGAGUUUGACACUUCUUCAAACUUUAACUCUAGUCUGUUAAGCUCUUCAAAGGAAUCAGGUGUAUUUUCCUCUCCAACUCAAAAGAGAGGACUUCACACUUACAACAACCAUUUCAAGAGCCAAUUUUAUCACGCCCGUCGUCAAAUUACCACCAACCCAAAUCCACCAAAGCGUGAAAGUACCAACAACCAAAAGUUGAAAGUUGCAUUGAUUGGUGCAAGAGGUUACACUGGACAAAACUUGAUUUCUAUGAUCGACAAGCAUCCUUACUUGGAAUUAUCUCACGUCUCAUCUAGAGAAUUGAGUGGCCAAAAAUUACAAGGUUACAACAAGGACAAUAUUGUCUACAGCAACUUGCAAGUAGAAGAUAUUAAAGAAUUGGAAUCUAAUGGAGAAGUUGAUGUCUGGGUUAUGGCAUUACCAAAUGGUGUCUGUAAACCAUUUGUUGACGCUAUAGAUUCUGUUGGAGGUACCAAAUCUAAGAUAAUUGAUUUAUCAGCAGACUACAGAUUUGAUACUACAGGCGAAUGGGUUUACGGAUUACCAGAAUUGAACGACCGUAAUGAAAUCGCUAAGGCCAGAAAAAUUUCCAAUCCAGGUUGUUACGCAACCGGUGCUCAAGUUGCCAUUGCCCCAUUAGUUGACUACAUAGCAGGAACUCCUACCAUUUUCGGUGUUUCUGGUUACUCUGGAGCUGGUACCAAACCAUCACCAAAGAACAAUGUCAAGAUAUUAAACAACAACCUUAUUCCAUACUCAUUAACUGAUCACAUCCACGAGAAGGAAAUUAGUUCCCAAUUAGGAUUGGACGUUGCGUUCACUCCACACGUUGCUCAAUGGUUCCAGGGUAUUUCCCACACCAUUUCCAUCCCAAUCAAGCCGAAAUCAUUAACUUCUAGAGAAAUCAGAAACCUUUACCAAGAUAGAUACCAAGGAGAACAGCUUAUCAGCGUAAGUGGUGAAGCACCAUUGGUCAAGGAUAUCAGUGGUAAACAUGGUGUAGUUAUUGGAGGAUUUGCACUCAACUCCAAGGAAAAUAGAGUUGUCGUUGUCGCCACUAUUGAUAACUUAUUGAAGGGUGCAUCCACUCAAUGUUUACAGAACAUUAAUCUUGCUUUGGGAUACGGAGAAUACGAUGGUAUUCCAGAUGACUUAUUUAUUAGAGGUUAG